UUAGUUCGUUAAUUAUAACGUCCAACAACGGAAAAUCAUUUAUAUACGUUUGCCGGUCGUGUAAUUCGCCACUACUGGGACAAGCAUCCUUCGUCAGCCAAACUUUGAAAAUUUUCUUAGUCGGAGAUACGAUCAAGAAGCAAACAAUAUUAGUUGCCUAAUAAAAUGAAGAUUCUACAGGUUUUACUAGCGGCGUUGGCGUGUACAGCUGCAGCUGCCGAACUGGGCGACAAAGUACAUGAUGUUUUUACAAUGACAAACUUUUUGAGCAAAAUGAGGGAACAUGGCAUAAGUAAAUACGUCAGACAAACAGACAGCUACAACAAUUUUCUACCAGCUUACAGAUUCAGGCGGCCAACAACAACCCUAGACUUGACCGCUGUGGAUUCUCAAUUUCGAUCACUCGCCGAAGACAUCUCACAAAAUCAGGAAUUUGUAUUGCUGAUGUCAUUACGAAACGACUUUACCAAGAAAGGUACACUGCUUUCUGUCACACCCAAGGACGAAAUUGACACCAGUGGAGACUUUCUGGAAAUUGUCACCGAUCCUGUCAAAGGUCAUCUCUCAGUGUUCGGCUUUUCGCAAAACAAAAAAUUCGUACACGCGUUCGAAACAGGGGACUUGCAACAAGAAGGAGCGUGGACAAAUUUUUCACUCUGGGUGACAACCACAAAGAUGACACUUUAUCACAACUGUGACUACGUCGGCCAAUUCAGUCACAACGACACACUUAUCCCGAUGUUCGAUGUGAAUAAGAACGCUCUCCAUCUGGCAACGGGGUUCAAGAAAGCAAAGAGUUUUAGGGGUUCGCUGGCAAGAAUACGAUUCUACGUCGGUGCAACUGUAGCUGAAGUUCUCGCCCAAGAGACAAGAUGUACGAGGGACGAACACACAAAAUUAUCCCGAGAUACUUUUGAAGAUAUUGGUGCUCCAGGAGUUCAACCAAAAUCUAGUUCAGUCAGCCUUCUAUCGGAUACAGAUUCAAAAUCUAGCAAUAAUAUGGUCUGCGAUCUAUCGUGCGACGAUAUUCGAAAAUUGGCGAGUGUGAGACCUCCAUCUGAUUACUAUGAAGGAAAGCCAGUCGAGGUCAUGGAUUUUCCGCGCAAAUCAUGCUGGGAUGACACAGUCCGAUACGAUGAUGGCGAACAAUGGAAAAGAGAUGAUUGCCAAGUCUGUAACUGCACUGCUGGCAAAGUGACGUGCGUAGUUGAAAAAUGCAACGCCCUUCCUUGCAUCGAUGUUGUUGAAGUCGAAGGCCAAUGCUGCCCAGAAUGUGCAAGCGAAGCAAUUGGUUACUCACAAUGGUCAGAAUGGACAGCAUGUUCUGUAACAUGUGGAAUUGGACAACAACAGAGAGGACGAGCUUGUGAUAAAGUUCAUUUCACUUGUGACUUAAAAACGAAAGAAUCUAGAAAUUGUGUUUUGGAGCCUUGCGACAGAAAAGUCAAACUUGAUGGUGGUUGGUCCUAUUGGUCUCCAUGGGGUCCAUGCAGCGUUUCGUGUGGAGAGGGAGUCAAUACAAGGAUAAGAGAAUGCAACGCACCGGCACCUCAACUCGGUGGAAAAGAUUGCGAAGGCGCAAGCAGGGAAAACAGAGUUUGUUCACAACCACAUUGCCCAAUUGAUGGAGAAUGGGGGCCAUAUUCCCCAUACUCACUUUGUAGUGCAACAUGUGGCGAAGGCACCAAGGAAAGAACAAGGACUUGUGAUAAUCCGGCACCAAUGUACGGCGGGAAAUACUGUUCAGGCAAAGAAACGGACACUGUUACAUGCAACGACAAACCAUGCCCAAUUCAUGGCAAAUGGUCACCAUGGUCCAAAUACGGUCCCUGUACCGCAAGUUGUGGACGAGGACAAAAAACAAGAGUUCGAUCGUGCAAUAAUCCAGCACCUGAACACGGCGGAGAAUAUUGCGAAGGAGACUCAAGUGAAGUUAGAGACUGUAAAGGCGAUCCAUGUCCGAUUGACGGAGGGUGGGGACCAUACACGCCAUUUUCGCGAUGCAGCGCCACUUGUGGUGGAGGAUUCAAGAAGAGAACUCGCGAAUGCAACAAUCCGGCUCCUCUAUUCGGCGGAAAAUAUUGUGUUGGCGACAAAACAAACAUUGAAAGCUGUAGCGAAAAGACCUGUCCUAUUAACAAUUGUCUGAGAAAUCCUUGCUACCCGGGAGUGACAUGUACCCCUCAUGAUGACGGUUCAUACGAAUGCGGAACUUGUCCGGAAGGAAUGCAAGGUGAUGGCGGACAGUGCGAAGAUAUUGACGAGUGUAAGCUUGUACCCGACGCCUGCUUCCAUUAUGAAGGUAAACACAGAUGUCAAAACUAUCCGGGUGGUUAUUCCUGUAUGCCGUGCCCUAUGGGACACAAAGGUGACAUUCCUACCGGUACCGGUGUUGAAUAUGCUAUUGCUCACAAACAAGAAUGCGUAGUUUCAAACCCAUGUACCGAUGGUACAAAUCCAUGUUCCGAAAACGCUGAAUGUAUCUUUUUGGAUCCGACCAUCACACCACCAUUUAUGUGCAAGUGUCAUCCAGGUUAUUCAUCCUUCCCGGAAUGCCGUGGAUUUGUGUGUCUCGAAGAUGCGGAUUUGGACGGAAUUCCCGACGUCGAUUCUUCUUGUAUGAAAGAUGGUGUAAACAUUACUCUAAAAGGGGACAACUGCUUGAAUUUACCAAACAGCGGACAAGAAAAUGCUGAUGGAGAUGAAUUUGGCGACGCCUGUGAUAGAGAUGCUGACAACGAUGGCAUUGUUAAUGAAAGGGAUAACUGCCCACUUAUUCACAACCCGACACAACACGACUCAGACAGAGACGGAUUCGGCGACGUUUGCGACAAUUGUCCUUUCGUGAGAAACCCCGGACAAAUUGAUACCGACAAUGACGGACUUGGUGAUGAGUGCGACCCCGAUAUUGACGGAGAUGAAAUUUUGAACAGUGACGACAAUUGUCCGUAUGUUCACAAUCCGAACCAACGCGACACGGAUAAAGACGGAGUCGGCGACGCAUGCGACAACUGUCCUAACGUAAUUAACAAAGAUCAAUCCGACGCCGAUUCAGAUCUCGUUGGUGAUGCUUGCGACACAGAUCUUGACAGGGACAAGGAUGGCGUUCAAGAUGACCUUGACAACUGCCCAUUUGUCCCAAACAGUGGACAAGCUGACCACGAUAAAGAUCGAAUUGGCGAUGAAUGUGACAAUGAUGACGAUAAUGAUGGAAUAUUAGACAAAGAUGACAAUUGUAGACUCAUCCACAACCCCGAUCAGAAGGAUAGUGACGGCAACGGACGUGGUGACGUAUGCGAAGAAGACUUCGAUGGCGACAAUAUUAAAGAUUUCGAGGACGCAUGCAUGGAUAACGCAUUGAUCACAAAAACCGAUUUCACCCAUUUCGAUAUGGUCAAAUUGGACCCAACAGGAACAGCACAAAUUGACCCCAACUGGGUGAUCAGAAACAAAGGAAAAGAAAUUAUCCAAACUAAAAACUGUGAUCCAGGGCUUGCUGUAGGCAAAGAUAUGUUCAAUGGAGUCGAUUUCGAGGGAACGUUUUACGUCAACACUGGAAAUGACGACGAUUACGCAGGAUUCGUGUUCGGUUAUCAAUCCUCAAGCAGAUUCUACGUUCUUAUGUGGAAGCAAAAGACACAAAGUUACUGGAGGGCUUACCCACGACAAGCUAAUGCCGAGGCUGGACUGCAAUUGAAGGUCGUUGAGUCGACUACAGGUCCAGGAGAAUAUCUAAGAAAUGCUUUGUGGCAUACAGGAGAUACACCAGGACAGGUACGAACUCUUUGGACUGAUUCCAUGCACCAAGGAUGGCAAGAUCAUUCCGCGUAUAGGUGGACAUUGAAUCAUCGCCCAGAAACUGGAGAAAUCAGAGUAACGAUGUACAACGGAAAGAAAUUGCUAACGGAUUCCGGUCGCAUCAUCGAUAGAACGUAUGCUGGAGGUCGCAUGGGAAUGUUUAUAUUUUCACAAGAAAUGGUUUUCUACUCCGAUAUGAAAUACAAAUGUAGUGACUCUAAAAUUAACUACAAAUGAAGUUCGGAAACUAUUUAAGAGACGACACAAGAACAGUGAAACAAAAUCUAAAAGGAAGAAGUCUGCUAUAGCUUGCUAACUGUCUGUGCAAGUCUCAGCGCCGAUUGCACACACCAUGCACUUCUGAGUAAAUCUACGCUAAACACCGAUUGCAUCGGGACUAUAAUCAGCAUAAAAACUACAAUACAAAACGCUUAAGCACUCAUCUAAGCUAAGGGUAUGGAACCCAUCAUGCUUCUAAAUUUUAACAAAACCCGAAAAAUUUUUCAAAAAAAAAAAAUAGCGAAAUAUUCAAAUACUUGCCUUUUAUGGAAAAUACACUGCCAAGAUGGCAAUCUAUGCCAAUUCAUACUUUGUACUGCUGAAAAGCAGCAGAAUUUAUUCAUAUUUUGCUGUAAUUUAGUUCAGGUAAUCAUCGAUCAAUUACAUUUAGAGUGCAUUCCAUGGUUUGAUUAUAUGUUUAUUACCAAUUUUCAGUAUUUUUAAAAUUUUUAACAAUUUUCAUUGUCAUUUUUAUAUAAAACGCACCACCUGAUCAAUAAAAAAAACUUGACUAUUAUUUGUAACAAAUUCAGUAUCUGCAACCUAAACUAAAAAAAUUAGGAAACUGUCAAUAUUUUAUUCAUUUUUUCUUUAUUUUACCUUUUUGCUAUCUUCAUAUUUAUUCAGCGACCAGUUGUUAUUUUUCUUUUGGAAUUUUGCGAUUUCAUGAGUAAACUUAUUUGUAGCGGUUUUAUUACGUCACUUCCUGUUGUUAUUGUUGUUUUUGUGUUUAUUUGCGCAUAAGAUUAGGACAUUUGUUUGUAAAUAGAUCAUUUUAUUAUUAUCUGUUGUUUUUUAUCUGCCUUUUCUUGACAAGGGACGUUAGAAGUUACUGAAAAUAAAAUAUAGAAAUGCGACACCCAGUGUA